CCACCGAGCAGGUCGCGGAAACGGAGUCACGAGCGACGUUCCCCAAACCCUCGGCUUCGCCGUUUCCCCACUCGUCUCCGCCUCCGCCUCCGCCACCACUAGCGAUGGAGACUUCCGCUGUCCCUGAGGCGACUGAGGCCUGGCCUCCUAUGGAAAAUGAUGAAAAUCAGAAGCCAUUUCCGUUGACCGGACCGGCAUUACUGUCGUUUCUAAAGGCAGUUUCAGAUGUAUCAGUCACACCAAUCACAGUUCUCAAUGUAUACAGUGCCGCUUGCGUCCUCACGCGGGCAGAAACUUCUGUAAACAUCGUACUGAAGGCUGCAUUUCUGGGACUUCCAUUCUCGAUUCUACCAAUUUUGUUGAUCACACGCCGCAUCAUUAGGGUGGUUGAGCAAGGUGGCUGCAGUAUGGAUAUUGGAGCCUUACUUGUUUUAUCUCAGUUUAUAUAUAUCUAUGUGCUUGGGGGCGUGACCAUGAUGACGACGUUUCAAGAAUCAAGAAUUCUCGUGGCUUCGGUGACCAUUGUACUUAUUUGCAUUUGCAUCAAGAUCUGGGUUUGUCUUUCCAACCAUCCAAAGUUUUUGAUGGUCAUCAGUUCCAACCGAGUAGAUCUCAAGAACAGUCUUGACAUGAUUUCAGUUCAGAGCAUCGCCAAUGUGACCAACACCAAGGGUGCGGCAGAGAUGGGCCCCGAGCACUCUAUGCGGGCCAAUUUAAUUAAGAUCUCCCUUAACAUUUGCUUCGUGCUGUAUCUAGUGUUCUACAUUGGCUUCAUGCUCGUGUUGGCCAUUGUUGCUGAGAAAUGGUGGCAUGCGCUGCUGGGCAUCGCCGUCAUGUCACCAAUCCAUGUGUCCGGGCUCUGCUUGAUAUGUUAUCUGAAAAAGACGGGCUUAUCAUGGUACACACCAUGGAGCGUCCAGACGGUGACGAUGAUCUUGGUUGCAAAUUGGCAGCAUCUGGAAACGUGCAAUCCAGUGUGCGAAUGAAGGGCUGCUUUUGCUACCGUGUACUAAGUCCAUCUUCUGUAUUAGCUACUACUAGUGCCACCUUGUAAACCGCUGGGCUUAUAUUGCACUUAUUCAUUGAACCUAUCCUAAAUUAACAACUGUAGCUUUCUUGGCAAACAACAUGUACCUGUGCUGCGGUGUGCCUUUUUUAAAGAUGUAUAUAUAUGGUUUGGGAGCGAGGUGUUUUUUUUGGCUUA